GCUCGCCGCCAUGCAGACGCGCACAGUGGCUCGUAUCCAACACGCAGUGAUCACCUUCUGUCCUGGCUGCUGCUGACUUCGCUGUCGUCUGUGAACACCGCGGCUCCUUCAGACCUGCACUUACUGAAAAACAAAAGCAGCCUGUUUUCAGACGGCUGUCUGUCUGUCUUUUUUUUUUUUUUUUUUUGGUUUUUUGUUGUCUUUUUUAAAUGAACGGCCGAGGACUCUGAGUUUAUGUUAUGAAUUUAUCACGCGUCUUCUCCCCUCGCUCGUAAGUUAAAGAGAGCAUGACAAUGGUGCAUGGCUGGGUGAUAGCAGCAUAAUGCGUUUUCGGAUUUUCUUUUUUGACUUUUAUGGAAUGGGUUCUUUGCCAGAGCAGUCAAAGAAGGCUUCGGUUGCUUUUUUGUUGUUGUUGUUGUUUUUUUUUAAAUGAUCGACUUAAAUAAAUAUCCAUAGUUCCUGCCUGUGUGAUGCUGAACCUCUGGUGCCUCAUCCAGUCCACCUUUCCCCCCCUGUCAGCCGCUGCGCAUCUCUAAUUGGAGCGACACCGAGCAUCUUUAAGUGAUGGAGAACAUCCACAGUAAGCUCUGACCACGCCGUCCACCAGCUCAGGCCAGUCUGCCACACGACGCUUCCACGCUUAUUGGAUGCUAUUACCUUUAUUCACCUCGCCUACGGUGCGUCUUACCCGGUUUUAGGACCCCCCUCUCUCGCUUUUUUUUUUUUUUGGAAACAAUGCCGGUGAACGCGCUGCCCCGAGGCGCCAGCAGCGGCAUCAGCGGCCCGGGAUCUCUUAGCCCGGCGUCGUUGUCCCGCAGCCUGUCCCGGCUGAGGGAAUACCGCACACGGACGAGGAUCAUGCUGGCCCUGGGAGUCUCUCAGAUGGUCCUGGGGAGUCUCAUCCUGGCUGUCAGCUUCGCGGCUCUGGCGCUCACUACAUCACCCAGAGUGCGGCACUCGUGUCCCUUCUGGGCAGGUUUCUCUGUUUUGCUCUCUGGACUCAUCGGAGUGGUGUCAUGGAAGAGGCCGCUCUCUCUUGUGAUCACAUUCUUCAUGCUGCUGUCUGCAGUGUGUGUAAUGCUCAACCUGGCGGGCUCCAUUCUCUCCUGCCAAAAUGCUCAGCUUGUUAACUCUCUGGAGGAGUGUAAACUGGUACCUUUUGACAACGAUGGAGUGUGCGUCUGCUGCGAGCAACAGAAGCAGAGCACCGGCUGCAACAACCAGGCAGAGAUGCUGAAACUGAACCCCCUGCGGGACUGCAACACCAUCCGCCUUCGCCUCAAGGAGCUGCUGUUCAGCGUCUGUGCCCUUAAUGUCAUCUCCACCAUUGUGUGUGCUCUUGCUACCGCAAUGUGCUGCAUGCAGAUGGUGUCGACUGAUGUACUGCAGAUGUUCAUGCCGCAAAGAGCUCGAGCCUUAAACGCUGAGUGUAUGACCCCCCAUGGUACCAUCCUGCAUCAGACCCUGGACUUUGAUGAGUUCAUUCCUCCGAUCCCUCCACCACCGUACUAUCCCCCAGAGUACACCUGCACCCCCUCAAUGGAUGGACAAAGAGGCUUGCAUCUGGACUUUCCACACUCCCCCUUCAGCGCCAUCUAUGGGGUGCCCAUAAAUAGCCCGGGAACCCUUUAUCCAACUGACCUCCCUCCUCCUUAUGAGUCUGUGGUGGGCCAGACACCGGCCAGCCAGGUCACCACCAGUAUCGAGCAACAGGCCACUGACAGUCUGUGUGACAGAAACACCACAGCAGGAUUCAGCACACAGGGUAACAUCUCCACAGAACUAAGGCUGCCAAAAUACCCCGUUGAAUUUAAUUUUAUGAAAGUUGAUCUCAUUGUUAAUAUUAUUAUGUGUCUGAGGUGGCUGACCAGGACCAGACCUGCUCUUCAGAGGACCUGUGCUCCCUGGAGGUGCAGGGCUCCGACUCGUCGAACUUCUGCCAUCAGCCCUUUGGCUCCCUCUCUUUCUCCCUCUCCCCCCAUCCGGCCACGAGGCCCCAGGCUGUGCUUCAGUGUUUGGUCACCCUCCUCCUCAUCACAGCCCCCCACUACCUCAGCUCAGAGUGGCCAGUCACCAUCCGAGAAGCCUCGGGCACUCAGAGCAGCUAGAAGGUAUCGCAAACUGGCACGCAUUGUCCGUUCCACCAGUGACCCCAUCUCCUGCUCCACCCCAACAGGAAGACAGAACUGUGGCUGCACCACUGGAAAUAACCCAGCUGCUGCAGGUUCAGCUCGUACUUCUCCAGAACAGGACCCAAGAGAUGUUUCAUCAGAAGUAGUCGGAGCGAAGCAGGGCCAUGUAGCUGUCACAAAGCAGCAGCAGCAGAAGGAGGGAAGGAAAGUGGACAUCCACCUUAAACCUCGAUCCCUUCACACGCACCCCUCCCAUGAGCGCCCGCACUCACUGGCUGACCUUAAGAUGUACAAAGACACAAAAAUAUUAGUGGCCAAAUUCCUGGAGCACUCCAGCAGCAGUAGUCUACCUCCAGAAGUCCAGCAGGUUGUCAACAACAUCAAGUGUGUGAUCAAGUCAGACGAGAAACACAUGGAAGAGGCCAUCUUCAGUGCCAAUGUCAUAGACCAGGUAAUGACCCAGCGCAUCAUUGGCAGUCCAAGGAAACGGGACCACGAGGACAUACAUCUUCAGAGCUGCGGUGCUUUGAGUUCCUCCCCGUCCCCGUCUAUGUGCCGCUCAAAACAUCACCCACAGAAAACCAGCUCUUCAACUGACCCACAGGGCUCCCCAUCCUCUGAACAAGGCCUUGAGUGCAGAGAAACCAUUCUCUGACCACUCGGAUCAAGACUCUGAGGGCAUUCCAGUGUGCUGAUGUUGCUGCCCUGUGUGGCAGAUGUCUGCGGAGUAAUUAAUAACUCUCCAGACAUUAUGGGAUCAUUGUUUGCUCAGUGUGGCUGCAGUACAAAGCAUCUGAAGUGCUCCUAUGCUGCUCAUAGUGCCCUGUGAGAUCAUGCCAAGUCAUCAGCAAAAAUGGUAGCAAACUCCGUCAGAGCCUGCCAGUGUCUGUAGUGGCUUUUUUUUUUUCUCAUCCGAAACAAAUAAAAGAAUGUUUUUCUCCCUCAGGGGACCUUUUCUACUGAAUUUCAUCUCCUUAUAAAGAGGAACUAAUAACCCAGCUGGUAAGCCUGGAUCCAUGACAGACAUGCAGAGAAAUGUCUGUUGUCUGUGUUCCUCUUGUCUUCAUGAGAAACAAAUGUGUCUGUACAAAACUGUGAACUGAACUGACAGGACGGACACUGCUGGCCAUUGUUUGCUGACUUGUGGAAAUGUUUCUGAUAAGGUGGUGAAUAUUUUGUGGUUCAAAAACAUCACAAAUGUUGAUUAUUUAACUUACCUCAUUGUACUACAAUUCUUAUCAGUGUUUCAAUAAAAUAUGCAUUUUUAGUU